AUGCAGAGCCUGCUGGAGGCCUUGGGCUCCGGGCACUGUAUGGGAGGUCACAUCAGGCCCAUGGCGGCAGGGGCGGGGGCGGCCCUGGCGGGUCUGGCGGUGCGACUGUCGCACUCGGUGGCGUCCGGAGGCUCCUACAGCACCUUCAGCAAAGCGCUCACACGCACGCUGCUCACCUUCUUCAACCUGGCCUGGCGGCUGCACGCGAACUUCCCCUACUUCUACGUCACGGCCUCGGUGGUGCUCAACGUCCACCUGCAGGUACAUAUUUAGAGUCACUAACUUUAUGGCAUUUGGGGACUCCCUUGCCAGGAUGGCUGACUUCCACCCUGCAACCCAGCCACCCUGGAGCAAAGCAACCAGCUCUGCUUGCGCAUGCAGACUUUCCAGUCUUUCCAUCGCAUGCAUUAUCUUUUAUACUACUACAAAAGGCGGUGAAAAAAACAGCAUUCGCAAGAGCCUGCAAUCUAACCAAAAUGACCUAAGAUAAGACGAAAAAUUGAUUCCCAAGGAAAUAAUUCAAGGAACAGAAAAAAAAAAAAACCUUUAAAGCCUGAAAAGCCUCAGAAAUAUUUGAGAAGUUCUGGCAUCCGUGAACUUUAGAAAAUGACAACUGGCACAAGAUAGGUUAAGAAAAAAAGUAAAGAUAACUAAAACUGUAAGCUAUAAUAAAUGGUGGAAGAAUGGUCCACACAGCAGGCAAAUCUUCCAAAUUAGAAGAGACUUCCAAAUGAAUGGAAUGAAUUCUAAGCAACAGAUGACUGAGGAAGAAGCUGGGGGGAAUUAAUGACAUCAUCUGGAAGGCAUACAUUACUUCAUCCCCAAAGAAAAAACAAAGACAAACUACAGGGAGAACCAAACAUUUCUAACUGUACACGAAAAUCAUGCUUCAGAAAUGAAGCAGCCUCAGACGUGGCGUGGAUCUGAACAAUUGCCGGAAGUAUGGGAGGGAAUCUCUGAACACUGGCAGACAUGGACCAAGAUUCCGGAGUCACAGACGGGAAAAUUCAACAACAACAUUCAACUUUGCUACUCAGUGACCGCUGUAUAAGUAAUCAUUGUAAUGUGAAUAUUAUUUAUGGCUUUUAAUUUUUAGAGUAAACCUCAAGGCAAGCAAUUUUGGUUGCAGAAAAAGAAAUGGGAAUGUGACCAACUUAGACAGUACAUGAGUACACUCAACAAAUUGGCAGGCAGAGGGAAGGGAAGGGAAUAGUGGUGCUAUUCACUUAAGGUAGCAUGUCCAGGGGCCAACAGGAGGUAGAGUGGUUAAGGCUGGACUCCCACAUGGUAACAGCGAUUCAAGUCCUGGACUUGGCAGCUUGC